AUGUCAGGACCUGUGCUAAUGAACAGUCUAGUUGGUGUCCUACAUCACUUCCGCAAGGAGCCAUUUGCUGUAAUGGCGGAUAUACAGCAGAUGUUUUAUGGAUUUUUUGUGACAGAGAAUCAUCGCAAUUUCUUGCGUUUCUUUUGGCACCAGGACCAUAAUCCCCACAAAGAACUGAUUGAGUAUAGGAUGUGUGUCCACGUUUUUGGAAAUUCCCCUUCUCCGGCGGUUGCGACCUACGGUCUCCGUCGUUGUGUGGAACAUUCUGAGGAUCCGGAAGUGAAGGAAUUCGUUAACAACCAAUUCUAUGUGGACGAUGGUUUGGCAUCCUUCCCUACAGAAGAGGAAGCUAUAAGUGUACUACAGAAGACAUGUGAGACUCUGUUUCAAGAGGGACAACUCAAGCUCCACAAGAUAGCGUCCAACAGUAAGACUGUCAUGAACAGUUUUUGCACAGAGGACUUAGCAAGUGACUUGAAAACUUUAGAUAUUGCUAAGGCUGACUUACCUUUGCAGCACAGUCUCGGACUGGUAUGGGACCUCAACACAGACACAUUCACAUAUCGUGUGCGAGACGAUGAGAAGCCAUUUACCAGAAGAGGUGUGCUGUCUGUGGUCAAUAGUCUAUUUGACCCCCUCGGAAUGAUCGCACCAUUCGUACUCCAGGGAAGGAUCCUGAUGCGUGACUUGAUAGCUGAGACUAUAGAUUGGGACGACCCAUUACCAGAGUGUCGCAUAAAGGACUGGAGGAAUUGGAAGGACUCUUUAAAAUCUCUGGAACAUCUACAGGUUCCCAGAUGUUUACUUCAGCAUUCCUACAAGGACUGUGAUGUGAAACGUUUGCAUGUGUUUUCAGAUGCCUCAGAGCAAGCGAUUGCUGCUGUCGCAUUCCUGCAAGCUAUUGACAGUAAUAGAACUAUUCGUAUAGGCUUCACAUAUGGGAAAUCCAAGAUAGCACCAAAACAUGGCCACACCAUACCGAGGCUUGAACUCUGUGCGGCAGUGUUGGCUGUUGAAGUCGGUGAGAUGGUAUCUACAUCUCGGACUGGAAUUGAGUGA